UAGACAUCAAUUAGAAUGGUUAGUUUAAUUAAAUGGUUACGAUUUGUUGAUACCAAGUUAAUCAUAAAAUCAUCAUUAUAAUAGUCAAGUGGUUGUUAAAAUUGAUUUUAAUGAAAUUUAUCCAAUGUAAAUGUGUACAAAUUAUUUGCUCAUCAUCAAAAGCUAUUAAUGAUAAUCAAUAGCAAAUUAUUAUCUCUUUACAGUAUUUUAAUUGUGAUUAAGGGAGAUGACAGUUGUAUUGAGCGUUGGGAUGAUGAUUACAGAUUCGUAUUUCCAGCAGUCAGCCCCCGUCGGUCUGUGUAUAACGAUCACGAUCUCUCAGUAUACAAAACAAUUAAAAUCGGAACCGUAGGCGAUAACCUGGCAAUCUCUUGUUUAGUGGACGAUAAAAAUGACCAAUAUGACCUCUUUCAACUGCAUAAGAAGUACAAAUGGCUUUAUUAUAAAUUCAAUACCCGCCCUCGGUUAGCCUGGACAGAAUUGGCCCCUGUUGAAAGAGGAAAAUAUUCAAAUUCGGAAGUAAACUAUACGGUGGGUAAAUGUUUCGAAUUGAUUGUUGUUAAAAUAGAUUUGGAAACUCGAGGAAUAUUCAAGUGUGUUCGUAAAGAUAAUAAAACAAAAACUGAGAUUGAAAUCAUUGUUGAUGUUGAGCCAAAGGCAGAAAUCGAUGAGUCCGGUUGUGUAAAAAAGUCACAAAUGGACUUGAAAUUGGACCGUAAAGCCUUGAAUUUACUUAUUGCGACAGGGCUCCAUUCACUUUUCACCAUGUGGAAUCCUUGGAAUAGCUAUGAAUUUAUAAGCGAUAAUAUAAAAGAUGAAUAUUUUGAACAUAAAGUUUUUUAUGUUUAUCAACCAGCGCUCGUUUGGCAUGAAAUUUUAGGUCAAUGUUUACCCUGUAUUUAUAAUGAGACUUCUACUAAUGGGACUCGAAAAAGUGUUUCCAAGCUGAUGCUUGUCGGUUCUGUUUUUUAUUACAAGUGUGAAAAACCAUCUACUAUUCAAUGUCGUGAUAUGGUCAAGAAUUCGGUUGAUUUACAAAAUAUCGAUUCGAUAAAAGUCGCUGACUUGAUUGGCCUUCGUACAAUUCUCGGAGAAAUAGACGAAUCAAACUGGAAAUAUAUCGAUAUGGAUCGUUAUCAGAAAGUUCGUGAACAAGUUGAUAAAUUAAAAGGUUAUAAAGAUUGUGUCACUUAUAAGGAUUGUGUACCCGAGACAUGUCCUUCCGAAAUCGCGUCGGUCACGAUGGAUAAAAUCAAUCUUGGUGAUUUGAAGAAACGAUUAAAAGUCCGAGUUAGAAGGCCGAAACUUGAGCUUAGACCAGAUCAGUUUCAAAAUUUUGAAACUCUUCAUGCCGAUGAAUCUUUUGAGAUUGAACUUUCUUGUUUACCCUUGGCUAUUGAUCAAGAUGAUGAAGUUCUUGCCUCAGAUGAUUCAGUCACUUGGUAUCAGUGUAUUGAAAGUUGCAAGAAGAUCAGAGGAUUUACAUUUUUGCGAUUUGUUGUUAGUAAUAAAAAUAACGGUACUUUAAAGAUCAGAAAGAUUGAGCUAAGAGAUACCGCGAUUUACGUUUGUACCCAAUUUCAUCAAAUUCGUGGUGUGAUUCGUCUUCAGGUCUUUUCUUCAACCGCAAUUUUCGAUAUUCGAACUCCUGUUGGCUCAAUGUUCAUGAGCACCAUUCUUAUUUCCGGGUUGUAUUUUAUUUUCAUCCCUUUCCGUUUAGGACUAUUCAAGUAUCUGGUCAAACUUUUUCGAAAGUUACGACUACGAAAACGAGGCUACAAACCGAUUGAAAAAGUAAACAAAAAGGUGACCAAAGGUCAGAAAAAAGGGAAGAUUAAAAAAGAUGUAAUGGAAAAGAAAGAUGUAGUUUGAUUCAAUUCUGAUCAGUUCGACAAUCGAUUUGAACUUUCCAAUCAACAAUAAUGUUCAGAUAAUUGAAUCGAAAUCGAAAGAAAAAAUGUAAUAUUAAAAGUCGAAAGCAAAUAUUAAAUUG